UCAAACGACAAAAUAAUUCGAUAAUUCGCUGUUGGAAAUCGAAUAUAAUAACGAGGUGGCGGUGGAUGCGCCACUUUAUUGUGAUGAAUUGAUGAUAAAGCUGAGGGUGAUCACGCACGUUGCAGGAUCGCAUCUUUGACGUGAUUGACCUGAACGCCGAGAUUGAGAAGGCUAAGAACACGCUGGAGGCCGCGGAGAUGGCGUUCCAGCGGCAUGCGACCAAGUUCGACAAUCAAGAGGACGACGAGCAGACGAUGUCGUUAGCGCAGAAGCUCGACAGAACGCGUAAAAUCGCCAAUGCGGAGCUGGUGCCGGAGAAGCUGAAGGUCAAGCCUAUCGUGGCCAAAUGGAUCAAGGUGUCGGCCAACGAGAAACCGGAAGCAACGGCUGAAGCAAUGCAGACCGGGAGACAACGCAGAAUUAACUCGUUGAUCGAUACCAGCGAAAUUGCCGAUCCGUUGGAGUCACUCGCGAUGCAGCCGAUGAAACGGAGAUUCUUGAAGAGGAAGAAGAGCGUCUCGUUUUAAGAGCCGUCGUCGCGACGUGGAAACACACAUAGUUGCAAUGCGAAAAUCGCGAGGAUAUUUUCUAACGACUAUAAUCGUGUCAUCUUAUCCAUUUAAUUCAAAUGUCAUUUAAUCGUAUUCAUACUCCUUCAGUUAUAUCUCUAUUCGGUUAUACAUACGAUGUUCUUAUGUUAUCUUGAGACUAUAUUCAAUGAAAAUAUGUCGUUAUCGUUCGUUACAAGCGUAUACCUUGAUAGAAAUGAAUUGCUAUGUAUUUAAUAUCGAGUACUAUUAAAUAAAAUCAGGAAAGACUAUCGGAGGAUUUGCGACUAUUAAUUCGGAAAUUUAUAUCCUAGAAUUUUCCCUGCAAGUUCUCGCUCGGGUAACAUACGUCGAACGUUAAUUUAGUGGGAGAAACACGCGGU